AGCAUGCUUCGGUGCCUUUUACAGCCAGAGCCUGUCUGGUUUUCGUGGAAUGCUCAGAGAUCCCCUUCAGAUGGACCCCGAGAUGCAGAGGCACAGAAGCGCGUAGACAGCCUGCAGCUACGUUCUCCUCCGCAGAGUUCGGUCUCACGUUCUCUCUGAGCCUCGGCCUCCCAGGAACUUCAUUUCCCGUGAGGGAGUGGGGCUCGGCGCACGCGCGGUAGUGUCCUCAGCCAUGGCGACCGUGCUGUCCCGUGCACUCAAGCUCCCAGGGAAGAAGAGUCCAGAUUUAGGGGAAUACGAUCCUCUCACCCAGGCUGACAGUGAUGAAAGUGAAGAUGAUCUUGUUCUCAACCUGAAGCAGAAAAAUGGGGGUGUCAAAAAUGGAAAGAGCCCCCAGGGAGAAGGGCCAGACCCUGACUCAGAUGCAGAAGGAGUUGGGCCUGCCAAGCAGCAUUUGUCAGAAGUCACCACAGAGGGCUACCCUUCACCACCUCUCAGCAGUCUGGAGCAAAAGACAGCAUCUUCCCUUGUAUCUCAUGUGCGCACAUUGAUCUUCUUGCUCACUGUCCUGAUCUCAAUGAUCCUGGUGUUGGUAUGUGCCUUUCUGAUCCCUUGCCCUCCCAGAGAUCUGCAGAACAUGUGGAGCCGACACUUGGGCCCAGAAGAAGGUGGGAACUUGUCUCCACUGGAACUGGUUGAUGUGAAUGGUGAUGGUUUACCUGAUGUCUUGCUUUCCUUUGUAAACCUAAGCAAUGGGAAUAUAACAGGUGUCCCUAAGCCACAGGCCACUCUUCUAGCUCUUUCAGGGGUAAAUGGUAGCACUCUUUGGACCAGUUCUCUCUCAGAGGAGGCACAAAGUUUGCAAUGUUCUGGGCUGACUCCAGUAGACUCAACAGAAGCCAUCUGUCUUGUAACUGGGAUAUCCAAGCUUCUCAGUACAUUCAAUGCCACUUCAGGCAAAGCCAUUUGGACUUUAAACCCAAACCACUUGUCCAAUCGGACUUUGGCCACUCCAGCUGUGGUACUGCCAGAUUUGGAUGAUGAUGGAGUUGGAGAUCUCAUGGUUCUGACCACUGGGCUCUUACAGGGAGAUAUCUAUUUCCUGCUAAUUUCAGGCAAGACAGGGGUUCCUGUUGGCCGGGCUGUGAAGUACAACAUUGUGAGAAAGGGCAAUCAGAUUGGUCCUCAGGUUCACAUCACCACACAUGGGGCGGUGUAUAUCCUGUUUGGCUUUGGCAACAUUCAGGCCAUUGCCCUGAGGGAUAUUUUUGUCCAGGCCAAAAACCUGGACAGCUCACCGCCUUCAUUGCAAAUAGAGGAACCAGAGUGGGAGAAGAGAAGAUCCAUCAACGUGUCUGAGCUUAUUGAUGUUUAUAGUGAUGGGGUUGAAUACCUCCAGAUGGUAAAAGCGCCAGACAGCAAUUGCAGCCAGCUCCUCAUCACAACCAGACAAGGUCUCGUGCUACUCCGGGGUCAAGACCUGGCACAUCAUUGGGUGCUGAAUCUCCAAGGCCUGCGCAGCCAGCCUACACCUGGAUAUUUCACAAAUGACCAGACCUUGGAUUUCCUGCUGGAGGCACAGUAUGGAGAUGGGAUAAAAAAGGUGAUGGUAGUAGAUGGUAACUCAGGUACAGUAAUUUGGAAUUCUAGUCUCUCAUGUCGCAUGAAAGAAUCAGCAGCUACUUCAGUGAUGACAUCAGACCAAAAAUCUGUUUUUCUCUUUUGGGCUGAAGGCCUGUCAGCAGCACCAUCCAAUUCAGAUCUCAACUCAGAAACUGAGCCACCUGGGCUCCACCAUCUUUACCUUCUGCAUCCAACCUUCCCCACAAUCCUCCUGGAUCUGGCUAAUGACACAGGCACAGUGAAUGCUUCAGCAAUUGGAAUUAAUGAUGUCUGGAAAGAUGCCUUCUAUGUUAUCAGGAAAACAGGGCCUAUGUCUGAAAACCAUCCAAGACCUCUAGUUGUCAGCAAGGUGAACUUAAGGUGGGCUCUGAUGGAGAGCCAAGUUGUUCUGCUAAAGGAGACCACACCCAAGAUUGGCCGGGGAGAACUAAGAAGAUUUCUUUCUAGACUAAAGUUUGUUUCUUCUCAGAAGGUCUAAUCUGAAGAUACUUCUGAUUUCAGCUGGGACUAAUGAGGACCCUCUCUUUAGACUAGAAUCUUCUUGGUCAAAUCUGUGAAAUCAGGUAUAUGGAGACAUCAAAAGGAAGCUUCUUUCCCCACAUUGUUUUGCCACCUCUGUAUAAACAACCCAAAGUACUCUGGAGAACAGGCUGUUAAUCUUCCAUAACAGUCCCAUCUAUCUGGCAAUGGUACAUUUAGCUUUCCUUCUCGACUUUCGUAUCAAGACCCUCCACAAGCUUUCUGUGGGUUUAAAAAUGUGAACUUUAUGUGAGAGAGAGAGAGAAGGAGAAAGAAAGAGAAAGAAAGAGAAAGAAAGAGAAAGAAUAUAGAUUACAUAAUUUAUAAGCAGAUACUGAGAAGUGUCAGAGAAGCACUUAUAUGCAGGAAACGUUUUUUGCUUUGUGUUACUUUAUGGGUUUUGAAGUGUGGAGUGUUUACUAGAUAUAUUUCAGACCCAUUUCCUUGCACAUGUGAAACAUAUCUGGGCCAUUUGGUCAACUCGACUCCUUCAAAUUUCCUACCUCUUAUCUUAGGGUCACUAUUUUUUGACCUUUUACUUCCUCCUCAUCCAUGUCAAUCUUGAACCAUCUCAUUUGUCGAUCAUCAGCACCAAUUUAAAACAACAUGAGAAGAUUGGUUAUUCUCAUCCUUUCCAUCCUUUGUUUCUAACCUCCCAUCCAGGUGCCCAGAGGCUGUGGGAAGAGCCACAUUACUUUCACAAGUAUAGUAAGGGAAAUAAGUUCAAAUGAGUGGUCUCUGGCAAAGCCCCAUAUUAUUUUGGUUUUCAGCGUGUCAGGGAUGAGUUGCUGUUUCUGCUGUGAUAUAAGUGGAGCAUUCUUACUGCUCACAAAAACACUGAAAGUCAGGGAUAGUUGAGGUUUAUGUCCUUUUUCCCACAUUACACUGACUUUUCAUAAUGAUUAGUAUACUUCCCUCAUGGAGCCUUCUUCCUUCAAACUUGUUCUUGCAUUUUCUAUUGUGGAAGAAUAUUUUUGCUUUGUUGUACAGAAUUCUUAUGGGAGGAAAAGCUAUUCCUGAGCCCCUCCCUUAAAACCUUGAUCCUUGAUCUGUAGUUAAUCUGUCCCACUGACCCUUUUAGAGCCAUGGAACAGCUUGUAAAUAGUUUGUGAUGUUCUUGUGUAAAUACUGUACCUUUGUAAAUAGCACGUUUGUUGGUGUAGUCUCCAGUUUUUAGUUCUCUUCCUCUAUUUUUUUCUUAAUAGGAAUAGAUUCUAGUAAGCUAUCUUCUAAUAAUAGUUAUUUAUUGGACUAAGCCUCUCAGUUGAUGAUAUGUCAUAGGAAAUCCCAGUCAGGAGCAGGUAGGAGGCCUGUUCUUUGAGCUAUUUUGUGAUGUAUCUUCACUGAAACUUUUAGUAGUUCUCCCUUAACUUAUUUAUCUUAUGCUAAUUUCAGAGAUUUCACUAAUAACUGCUACAUUUGAAAGGGCAUGUGUGUUGUUUUCCAAUGAAAGUCAUAUGACAUAAUAUUAAAGGGUUAGUCAAUGUCAGUAUGCACCAUGUGCUGCUUGAAAUGCAGCCAAUCUAGGUACACUAUAUCUCCAACUACCUGACCUGUACCUGUGGAGGAGGCAGAGUCAUUUCCAGUGUAGCUUGUUUCUGGAUUCCAAUUUGGCACAGAGGAAGGAAGAAAAAAAUAUCCAGUCGGAUCUAGAAAUAUCCCAGUAGGAUAAUAUGGUUGUAGGUCAUCUGAAAUUUGGAUCUAUUUUGAAGGAUAUGGUGGUGCUAGGCCCUGUUUUCAUGGAGGAUCCUCCUUUGCUUUAAAUAGACCCGGUUGUUGGAGAGUGUCCCAGCAUCUAAUCUGGGCCAAACUGAAUGUCACACUCUGUAGUGGUCUCCAUGGCCUGGGGUGUUCCCUGUCACAUACCACUGAUAUCUGAGCAUUUCAUAUUUCUCCAGUAUGGCCAGGCUUUCAGAUUGGCCACCCAUAUGUAAGCAGAAAUAUGUGGGACAUUUGUUCAUAGUGCAUGUGCUAUGGAGAUCAUUUUUAGCUGAGAGCCAUGCUUCUUUUUUGGUUAAGUCACAGAAAUACAAAAUAGAAGAGAUGGAAAGAAUAUUUUGCCUGAAUUCCAGGUGAUGUGCCUGUCUACCCCCUUAAGUGUCCAUUUUGGGCUAUAUUGGAUAUGACUCUUUCCCCUAUUCUCUUCCUCAAGCAACUUAAUAGACAAUGAGUUGUGAUGGAAGGUUGCCAUCUGGACAGUUUGGGUGCUAACCCAUGUUCAAAUGUAUCUAAACCUCCCUCUCCUCUCAGGGAACCAUUAACUGCAUGAAUGAGUCUUGAUUGUAAGCAUUCUUUUCUUUUCUGUACUCCUCCCAUUGGGUUCCUCUAAUAGCUCAAACAACAACUAACUAGAAGUAGUAAUAAUACUUUCUGCAUCUUAUUGCAAGUGAAGCUGACCCCUCUUUACUCUGUGCCAUUUUUGCUUCCCUCCUCAACCAAUCUACAAGGGAUCCUUCUUUAAUUUUGUUAUUCUGUGGUAUUGUUACAUCAAUUCCCAUAAAUGUGAACCAUUGUCUACAUGUGUGAAAGAAACACCAGUCUAUGAAUUGUCAGAAGACUAUUUGAAAUAAGAAAUAGAACAAAUAAACACCAUGACCAGGA